AUGAGUACCAUCAUCGUCAGCUAUGGCUCAGAAAGAUUCGGACGGAUGGAGAAGGGCAACACUGAGGCCACCCCCUACACCAUGAACCGCAGGGCCACUAAGAUACACCAACUGCGCCAGGAGCUUCGAACCCUCAGGAAACAGUUCAAGAGAGCUGCUGAGGAGGACAAACAACCUUUAGAAGAGCUGCGCAACAUCCUGCGGAAGAAGCUGACAACUCUCCGCAGAGCAGAGUGGCACAGGAGGCGUGGAAGAGAGAGAGCUAGGAAGCGAGCGGCCUUCAUUGCCAACCCCUUUUGGUUUGCUAAACAGCUGCUCGGGGACAAGCGCAGUGGCCGGCUUGAGUGCCCAAGAGAGGAAGUGAAUCGCUUCCUCCAGAAUACCAUGAGCGACCCACUGAGGGGACAAGAUCUAGGACCCAACAGAGCGCUCAUCAGCCCUGCGCCACCAACAGCAGAGUUCCAGUUGACAGAGCCCAGUUUGAAGGAGGUUGAAGAGGUCAUCAAGGCAGCCCACUCAGCAUCUUCCCCGGGCCCCAGUGGUGUACCUUACCUCGUCUACAAGCGCUGUCCAGGGCUUCUCAAGCAUCUGUGGAAGACCUUGAAGGUGAUCUGGCGAAGGGGGAGAGUGGCCGACCAGUGGAGGUGUGCAGAGGGAGUUUGGAUCCCCAAGGAGGAGGACUCGAAAAACAUCAACCAGUUUCGGACUAUAUCACUUCUGAGUGUGGAAGGGAAGGUGUUCUUCAGCAUCGUCUCCCGAAGACUGACCGAGUUUCUCCUCAAGAACAACUACAUCGACACUUCAGUGCAGAAGGGGGGGAUUCCUGGAGUUCCCGGCUGUCUGAAGCACAACGGUGUCGUCACACAGCUCAUCAGAGAGGCUCAUGAGAGCAGAGGGGAACUUGCUGUGUUGUGGUUGGACCUGACUAACGCCUAUGGGUCCAUCCCACACAAGCUAGUUGAGCUUGCGCUACACCGCCACCAUGUUCCCAGCAAGAUCAAGGACUUGAUCCUGGAUUAUUAUAAUAACUUCAGGCUCCGGGUCACUUCUGGGUCAAUAACCUCUGACUGGCAUCGCCCUGAGAAGGGAAUAAUAACAGGAUGCACCAUCUCCGUUGUCCUUUUUACACUGGCGAUGAAUAUGGUGGUAAAGUCUGCUGAGGUGCAAUGCAGAGGGCCUCUAUCCAGAUCAGGUGUUCGACAGCCCCCCAUUAGAGCCUAUAUGGAUGACCUUACCAUCACUACAACAUCAGUACCAGGGAGCAGGUGGAUCUUGCAGGGAUUGGAGAGGCUCAUUGGGUGGGCCAGGAUGAGUUUCAAGCCCGCAAAGUCAAGGUCCAUGGUGCUGAAGAAGGGGAAGGUGGUCAACAAAUUCCAAUUCACAAUCUCAGGAACGGUCAUUCCAUCCAUCACGGAGCAACCAGUCAGGAACUUGGGAAAGCUCUUUGACUCCAGCCUGAAGGACUCUGCUGCUAUCCAGAAGUCUACUGAAGAGCUUGGAGGGUGGCUCACCAAAGUAGACAAGUCUGGCCUACCUGGUAGAUUCAAAGCCUGGAUCUACCAGCACUCCAUCCUUCCCAGAGUUCUGUGGCCUCUCCUUGUAUAUGCAGUCCCAGUAACAACAGUGGAAUCCUUUGAGAGGAAGAUCAGCAGCUUUCUGCGGAAAUGGCUGGGUCUCCCCCGCAGCCUCAACAGCGCUGCUCUGUACGGGACAAGCAACAUCCUGCAGCUACCCUUCAGUGGGCUCACUGAAGAAUUCAAGGUGGCACGCACAAGAGAAGCCCUACAGUACAGAGACUCCAGGGACUGCAAGGUGUCAUCAGCCGGGAUUGAAGUGAGGACAGGAAGGAAGUGGAAGGCAGAAAAGGCGGUGGAGGUGGCUGAGUCACGCCUUAGGCAAAAGGCACUGGUUGGGGCCAUAGCAACAGGGAGAGCAGGCUUGGGCUACUUCCCAAAGACCCAAGUUGGCCAGGCCCGGGGCAAAGACAGACGACAUCUACUCCAGGAGGAGGUCCGAGCAGGCUUGGAGGAAGAGCGAGUGGGCAGGACAGUGGGACUCCGGCAACAGGGGGCAUGGACAAGAUGGGAGGGCACGUUGCAGCGCAAAGUCACCUGGUCAAACAUCAUGCAGGCAGACCUCCACCGCGUCCGGUUCCUCGUGGCAGCAGUUUAUGAUUCCCUCCCUAGCCCAGCAAACCUCCAUGUUUGGGGGAAGAGCGAGACACCCUCCUGCUUCCUUUGCUCCGGAAGAGGCUCCUUGGAACAUCUCCUCAGCAGUUGCCCAAAGUCUCUGGCUGAUGGUCGCUAUCGCUGGCGUCAUGACCAGGUACUCAAAGCAGUUGCUGAGAGCAUAGCCUCAGCCAUCAGCACCAGCAAGCAACAUCAUGCGCCAAAUAAGGCAAUCUCAUUCAUCAAAGCUGGAGAGAGACCGUGUGCACGUCCAAAGACAACAACAGGACUCCUUCACACAGCCCCUGAUUGGCAGCUACACGUUGACCUGGGAAAACAACUGAGGUUCCCCCAGCACAUUGUAAAAACAUCUCUACGGCCAGACAUGAUCAUCAUCUCAGAGGCUUCAAAACACCUCAUCAUGCUGGAACUAACAGUGCCUUGGGAGGAGCGGAUUGAGGAAGCCAACGAAAGGAAACGUGCCAAGUAUCAGGAGCUGGUGGAGGACUGCAGGGGCAGGGGCUGGAGGACUUUCUAUGAGUCAAUAGAGGUUGGCUGCUGUGGCUUUGCAGGACGCUCCCUCUGCAAAGUGCUUGACCGAUUGGGAGUCACAGGGGCGGCCAAAAGCAGGGCCAUUCAAUCCGCAAGUGAAGCGGCAGAGAAAGCCAUGAGGUGGUUGUGGCUGAAAAGGGCAGAUCCGUGGGUUGCUACUGGGACACAAGCAGGGACUUGA